GAGAAAGAAACAAUUGUGUCGCCACAGCAUAUCCGAUCUCGAUUUUUCUUUUGUGUCGGUAAUAGCAAAAUUAAUAGGACUAUUCUCUCUCUAAAAAAAGAAAUAAAAACAAGAAAUAUCAUUAUUUAAAUUUAGGAACGUAGAUUGAAGUGCGUAAAGGCUCGUCAUUUAUAAUUUAUAUAUAUAUAUAUAUAUAUAUUCAACAUUAAUCAAUAUAAAGAAGCUAUUUCAUCAUGCAGCAGGUCAAAAGGUUCAUUUUCAACAGCUUUACUACCGCAAACUGUUUAAAUCUGUCGAUGCCGCGGCGUUUUUUUAAGAGUGACGAGCCAUAUAAUAUGGAUAUGGCCAAUACUGCGCACGGUAGCACGUAUUUACGCGACGCUGCGAUGCAAUCAGCCGCGGAGGAGGUUGCUUCCGGACAGUAUGCGGAGAGUAAACCGCGAGCGAUUAUGUUUGUCAAUAAACGCCCUGUGGAGAUUAUUCCUCAGGAGGAGAACCUACUCGAGGUGCUGGAACGCGAGGGCAUUCGAGUUCCCAAAUUUUGUUAUCAUCCCCUUUUGUCAGUCGCAGGGAAUUGUCGAAUGUGUAUGGUGCAGGUUGACGGCACGCAGAAUUUGGUGGUGGCGUGCUCAACCGUGGUGUUGCCUGGGAUGUCCAUCAUCACGGACAGCCGCCUCGUGCGCGAUGCUCGCGAGGGGAAUGUAGAGCUGAUUUUAAUCAACCACCCUAAUGACUGUCCAAUCUGCGAGCAGGCCACUAAUUGCGACCUCCAAAAUGUCACCAUGAAUUACGGGACGGGUAUUCCGCGAUACCGUGAUGACAAAAAGGCCGUGGAGGACUUCUACUUUGAUCCUCAAACGCGUGUGGUGCUCAAUCGCUGCAUCCACUGCACGAGGUGCAUUCGUUUUCUAAAUGAGCACGCCCAGGACUUUAACCUCGGACAGAUCGGCCGUGGGGGUCUCAGUGAGAUUUCCACCUUCUUGGACGAAUUGGAGGUGAAGACGGAUAACAAUAUGCCGGUCUCACAGUUGUGUCCGGUAGGUAACUUGUACAUGGGUGAUGCGGAUGAAAAUAAUGACAUCGCGCAGGCACUCGAAGAGGCCUAAAGAAAGGGAGGCCCUUACCAUUUUACACAGAAGGCCGUAACGCAAUGCUGAAAUUAGCGAACUAGAAAAGAAAUAUUCACAUAGGUAAGCAUCAUAUAGUAUACUUUUUUUUCCGUUUUAGGGAUUCUAUCCUUUACUAUUUCCUUAUUAAUACCACUUAUAUUGCUGUUUAGUUAUUUUGAUCAUUUAUUCGGUCAAUACACGAA